AUGGCAAAGGAGACUCUAAGCCCUAAGAACCGGCAGGUUGAAGGAGUCGAUCGAGGAAGCGGGCAAGCCGAAGCCGGGCCCGGCUUCGAUUCAGAGAAGCUCGCAGCUAAAAAAGCCUGGGUAGCCCGCAAAGCUAUAACCUGGGCCCGGAUUCAGCUUAAGAGAGCUGGAAUUGAGGCCCGGAGGGAAGAGCGCGCCCGGAAGAAGAUUUUGACCUAA